CUCUCUUCUUCUUCUCUGUCUCUCAGCUGGUCGGUCCUCCAGCCUCCUCUCUUCUUCUUCUCUGUCUCUGUAGCAGCAGACUGAGGAAACGACUCAUCUACCUCUGUAGUGAAGCUAGCAGCUCUGUCUCUCUAUUAUAACAACAAACAGCUACAUUACCACAUUAUAUAUCACCAGCAGACUCAGAACAUCGUGUUGUUUGAUCUCCUUCUCGGGUGGAGGUUUAUAAAACAUAAUAAAUAGUGACUGUUUUCUCCUCUCUACCACACAACGUUGACCAGGAACCUGCUGGUUCCCAGGUCUACCUGAUGAGUAUGAGCCUGACUACAGAACCCCCCCCUAACGAUGUUCCCGCUGUUACUGAAGCGGUUACAGAGGCGGUCACAGAAGCUGUUACAGAAGCUGUUACAGAAGCUGUUACAGAGUCAGAGAGCAAAGUGAUGACCACGGUCGAGAAGAAGGACAAGAAGCCAGAUGAUGUGGCCGAGGAAGAGGAGGAGGAGGAAGAAUACGUGGUGGAAAGGGUCCUGAAUCGGCGGGUGGUGAAAGGGAGAGUAGAGUAUCUUCUUAAGUGGAAAGGCUUCUCUGAGGGAGAUAACACGUGGGAGCCAGAUGACAACCUGGACUGUCCAGAUCUGAUCGCAGAAUUCCUGCAGUCGCAGAAAUCAGCACACGAAGGAAAGAGGAAGGCGGCCGGAGACGCAGGAGACGACGACAGUAAAUCGAAGAGGAAAAAAGACGAUACAGAGAAGCUACGGGGUUUUGCUCGAGCGCUGGAUCCAGAAAGGAUUAUUGGUGCCACAGAUUCUACAGGAGAACUCAUGUUCCUCAUGAAAUGGAAAAACUCCGACGAAGCUGACCUGGUGCCGGCGAAGGAGGCCAACGUGAAGUGUCCGCAGGUGGUCAUCGCAUUCUAUGAGGAGAGACUCACUUGGCACUCGUAUCCCACCGAAGACGAGAAAAAAGAUGACAAGAACUAACACAGGGCGAAAGGGACAGGGGGAAAGAAAGUGUAGUUUUGAACUUCAUUGUCGACAGGGGGUUUAGGAGGGGAGGGGGGGGCAGCAGAGACAAGCAAGACACCUCUGGACUCAUUCGUCUUGGCGUAGUAUCACUCAUCUGAUUCUACUUUUAUCUGGAUAUAAUCUAACUGUAAAUAAGCUUCAGGUUUGCUCGACGAAGCCCGACUGACAUUUGAAACACAGUGUUCAUUUUCAGUAUCGACUCUCGGCCACUUCAGUAUGAAUUUCUCUCAACAUUUGUUCCAGUGCUCGGUCAUCUUGCUGUGACAUCGUAUCAGUGAGGUGAUGUGUUUAUUUCAUUCGUGUGCCUUGUUUUUACUUGGUUUACUGGUUUAACGGUGCUGUUGAGAGCCAAACUGUGUCCAUCUCAGCUGUUUCCGUAGGACUUGUUUGGUGUACGGCUACGAACCUUUUUCAGUGAUUCAUUUGGUCAUUGAUGAUCUUUGUAGUGUUUUUCAUUGUCACGUCUUGCUUGUCAGUUUUGGAGAAUAAACCACUUUUUUGUUA